UAUUUAAACCAGGUUCCAGGUGAAGUUCUCUCAUCAACAGGAUCACACAGCAACCAUGAUGUCUCUUGUCUUCGUUCUGCUCAUCGGAGCUGCUUUUGCCUUGGAGGAGGACAAGAUCGUCGGAGGGUAUGAGUGCACGCCUCAUUCCCAGGCCCAUCAGGUGUCUCUGAACUCUGGCUACCACUUCUGUGGAGGCUCCCUGGUCAACGAGAACUGGGUUGUGUCUGCUGCUCACUGCUAUAAGUCCCGUGUGGAGGUGCGUAUGGGCGAGCACAACCUCAGGGUCAAUGAGGGAACCGAGCAGUUCAUCAGCUCCGCCCGUGUCAUCCGUCACCCCAACUACAGCUCCUACAACAUCAACAACGACAUCAUGCUCAUCAAGCUGAGCAAGCCCGCCACCCUCAACAAGAAUGUGAAGGCUGUGGCUCUGCCCACCAGCUGUGCCCCCGCUGGCACCAUGUGCACCGUCUCUGGAUGGGGAGACACCAUGAGCUCCACCGACAGUAACAGGCUGCAGUGCCUGGAUCUCCCCAUCCUGUCUUUCAGGGACUGUGAUAACUCCUACCCUGGCAUGAUCACCGAUGCCAUGUUCUGCGCUGGAUACCUGGAGGGAGGAAAGGACUCUUGCCAGGGUGACUCCGGUGGCCCCGUCGUUUGCAACGGUGAGUUGCAGGGUGUUGUGUCCUGGGGCUACGGAUGUGCUGAGAGGGGUAAUCCUGGUGUCUACGCCAAGGUCUGCCUCUUCAACGACUGGCUGACGAGCACCAUGAUGGCAUGGUUCCAGGUGAAGUUCUCUCAUCAACAGGAUCAUACAGCAACCAUGAUGUCUCUUGUCUUCGUUCUGCUCAUCGGAGCUGCUUUUGCCUUGGAGGACGACAAGAUCGUCGGAGGGUAUGAGUGCACGCCUCAUUCCCAGGCCCAUCAGGUGUCUCUGAACUCUGGCUACCACUUCUGUGGAGGCUCCCUGGUCAACGAGAACUGGGUUGUGUCUGCUGCUCACUGCUACAAGUCCCGUGUGGAGGUGCGUAUGGGCGAGCACAACCUCAGGGUCAAUGAGGGAACCGAGCAGUUCAUCAGCUCCGCCCGUGUCAUCCGUCACCCCAACUACAGCUCCUACAACAUCAACAACGACAUCAUGCUCAUCAAGCUGAGCAAGCCCGCCACCCUCAACAAGAACGUGAAGGCUGUGGCUCUGCCCACCAGCUGUGCCCCCGCUGGCACCAUGUGCACCGUCUCUGGAUGGGGAGACACCAUGAGCUCCACCGACAGUAACAGGCUGCAGUGCCUGGAUCUCCCCAUCCUGUCUUUCAGGGACUGUGAUAACUCCUACCCUGGCAUGAUCACCGAUGCCAUGUUCUGCGCUGGAUACCUGGAGGGAGGAAAGGACUCUUGCCAGGGUGACUCCGGUGGCCCCGUCGUGUGCAACGGUGAGCUGCAGGGUGUUGUGUCCUGGGGCUACGGAUGUGCUGAGAGGGGUAAUCCUGGUGUCUACGCCAAGGUCUGCCUCUUCAACGACUGGCUGACGAGCACCAUGAGCAGCUAUUAAAUCUGAUCCUGUGAUCGUACUCCGCUGCCUUUCUUCCAUCGUUCUAACUCCAACAUUGAUGUAUAUUUGUGAACAAUGUGCCGUAUUUGAAUCAAUAAAGUCCUGAACAUCGA